AUGCAGGGUGCUUUCAAGAAUGACUUGAUUGGAAUGGAGUUUGAUCCCUUGGAACCUCGGGGUCCAAAACUGAAAGGAGAAUUCAUCCUCAAAACCAUGUUUUGGAUUGAAGUUGAUAACUCAAAGUGGUGGGACCUAGCUGCAAUCGAGAGAGCUUCACCUUUUCUUUAUGGUAUCUACGCCAGGCAAACUCUGCAGCGUAUCAAGAAGCGGCCUUCGUUCAGGAAAGGACCAUCUUUCCCUUCCAAGCGCCACCAAUCACUGCAUCCCUUGUCUCCUCAAGAGGAUCUCAACUCACUUGUUCAUUAG